GGUCCUUAGUCCCUUAACUCCUCAAAAUAUGAAGCUUUGGUCGUUUUCGUCAACUCUGUCAAAAUGAGUUAUGUUGAAAGAAUUACUGCUAUAAUUAAGUUAAAAUUAAGGGACCAUUGAUCAAAUUGGAUUAAAAUUAAAGAACUAUUGCUAUAAUUUUUUCAAAAAAAAAAAAAAAAACAAAAUAGACAUAAUUCGAACCACGAGGGCAAAAACCGAACUCAAACAAAAUUUUGGGGGUUUGCAAAUGUGAAAUUUGGUCUUCAAACAUAUACGACCCGUCGUUUCAGCGAGCAGAUAGUAUUUUACGACGAAAGGAUGACAACUUUUUCCCUCCCCCCACGCGCAACAAAAUAAAAAAUAUACGACCCUUGACUGAUUGAUACCCUACCACUCUCUCCCACACAGUGAUUAUUUUCUCGGGAAAGUGACAGAAAACAAAAGAAAAUGGUGGUCAAGAGAAGUCAACCAUCAACCCAUUUGAGCAAGGAUUCAAAGGUGGAGGUUUGCAGCAAUGAAGAUGGCUACAAGGGUGCAUGGUUCCCCGCCAAAAUCAUCGACCCGGACCCCCCGAUUCCGGCCACGAGGAAGAAAAGGAAGAGCCUUUCCGGCUGCAGCAGCAGAAGCUCCUCCUCCGCCACCAAGGCUCUGAUCCAGUACGAGACUCUGCUCUCCGACAACGACCCGGACAAGCCCCUGACGGAGCUCGUCGAGGUGGGUCUCAUCCGGCCCGUGCCUCCGUCCAGCAUUGACGACAGGCCCUUCGAGCCCGGUGACAAAGUCGACGCCUUUCACCUCGACGCGUGGUGGCCCGGGGUUGUGAUCAAGCUCGAGGAGGAUGAGUACACGGUGGGGUUUCUGGACCCGCCUGAUCUGCUUGUGCUGCGGCGGUCCGAUUUGCGGUCGCACUGGGAUUUGACAGACGGCGUUUGGGUCGGAGCUAAGAAGGAGACAAUGACGGGACCAAAUUUCAUUCCUGGGACAGCAGUUGAAGUGAAUCCCAGCAAAGUAAUACCUUUUUAUGCUUGGUUUCCAGCAAUUUAUCUUGGGCAGCUGGGGAUCGACUCUUUCUUGCUUCAAUAUAAGAUAUCAAAUAACCGGGAUGUUAAAACUGUAGUAUGUCGCCAUCAGAUUCGACCUCAGCCUCCACUGUCAGAUGAAAGAGAUUUUAGCUUGUUGGAUAAAGUGGAUGCAUUCCAUGACAUGGGUUGGUGGGUCGGAGAGAUUACGAAAGUUCUUGAAGGAAACAAGUACGCGGUCACCUUAAGCUGCACAAGGCAGGAGAUGGAAUUCAGCGUUUCAGAAUUGAGGACUCACUUAGUUUGGCAUGAUGAAAGAUGGAGUAAUGAAUUUCGGGAAUCUCACUUUAGAAGGGAUUCUCAAGUACCAACAAAACAUUCAUGUCAGAGUUCCAGAAGUGAUUACGAAUUACAAUCAUGCAAGAGUUUUGGAAACUCUGAGGUAGCUACACCACUUCGAAAGAAAACACCUUGUUCUAGGAUUUCAUUGAAAAAUCAAUCGAAGCACUUGAGUCCUUGCAUGGAUAAAUUACCUUAUGUAAUGACGAAAAAGAAAUCGAAAAAGUCUCAGCAACCUAAAGAUGAUGAAACAAUUGCAAGUCCUUCCAAGAAGUUAAAAGGUGGACACUCAGAAGACUCCUUAUCGUUUGAAAAAUCAAAUGCAAGGAGAACGCCCGCUAAAACUCAAAACAAAGAAUCCCCAGUAACUGAUGUCGUGAAGAUUGAGAAAGCGAAGGUUGGAGGACUGGAUGAUCAAGCAUUAACUCAUUCUAAAAGAAAAGCUAACCCUGCUGGGACUGCCAACCAACAAAAUGAGGAUAAUGGAAGACAGGUUGAAACUGGUGUCACAGGUAACCCUGCGGGGACACCCAACCAACAAAACGAGGUUAACGGAAGACAAGUUGAAACUGUUGUCACAGGUGAGGUGGAUGCGGAGCAAAAUAACAGUACUUAUUUAUGGUUUUCCUUUUGCCCUCAUUUGGUAGUACUUAUUUAUCCUAUUUAUUUUUAUCUUGUGUUGUCUAAAAUUUCAAGUUCUCAAGAUGCAGUGAGACAGGUGGAAACUGUUGAUUCUCCAGUAGAUUGCUCGACAAGAGAACUUAAGUUGGCUGCUGUAAAACCUAUAGAGAGCUCAAGUAACCCUGCUGAGACUGCCAACCAACAAAAUGAGGUUACAGGAACACAAGUUGAAACUGGUGUCACUGUUAACAUUGAGCAACAAGACAGUCCAGAUUUGCCAUUUGUGAAAUCUUAUCCGGAAAUUUGGGAGAAAGUUGAAUCUAUGGAUGCAUUUAAAAGAUAUCCGCAAAAACCACAUUUUUACCCUUUAGUUAAGUGUGGAGAGCUAAGUCGUGAAUCAUUAGCGGUUGCAAAGAUGUUAACCUUUGCCUCUUUGGUAGAGAAGACCUCCAAGUUGAACAUUGAGGAUCCUGGUGACUUCUUUGAUAGCAUCUUUGAAGAACUAGGUGAUUUGGAAACGUUUGGAUUUGAUGUCAAGGCAGUACGCGAUCGACUGAACUCUUUGCUAGAAAUUAAAGUUCAGUUGGGGCACCUUCAGGAUAAGUCAAAGGAAGUUCAAAUCAAGAUCGCGGAGCAAACUCAAGACAGAAAGAAACAUAAUGAAAUAAUCUGUGGGGUUGCUAAGCAGAUUAAGGACUUGCAGGAUCAACUCGUGGUGCUGAUGUCAGAGGACGCUGCCAAAGGUUCUGAAAUUAGCAGGUUGCAAUCCGAAGCAGACGCUAUCACUGAAAGCAUUCAGAGCAUCCGCCGUAUGACACACUGGCUGAAGCAUGGUGAUCCUUGUGAAAGCAUUCUUUUGAUUACCGCUUUGUCUACGGAAACUGAAUGUUGAAAGUGAUACCAAGCUAAUCUGUAGUUUUUGUAACAGCUAUUAGCCCUAGAAACUCUGGCACCAGGUAUCUGUACUGCAAUGUCAUCGGCCAGUAUUAGCAUAUAUUUAUAGACCGGGUUCAACCCCCACAUCACUUUCUGUUGGUUUCCUGUAAAAUUUUAUUUUCACCUUUUUCCGGUAAAUCUUUAGCCUCUGGUUUCCUUUCAGCAAAA